AUGCCUGGCUUCGGCCUGACCUGCAACGAGACCGGGGUUAAUGGUGGCCGCACGCCAUUUUAUUACGACCUGGAGGUCGUCGGCGUCUCGCUGCAGCAGGGUCAGGCCCGGAUGAAGAUGAGCAUCUCAACCUACUGCUACAACAACGCCACCCAGGGCAUGGACCCCGUCCCGUGGGGGCUCGACCUCACGGGCACGCCCUACAGGUUCGCCCACACCAACAAGUUCACCGUCAUCGGCUGCCAGACGCUGGCGUACAUCGUGGGCGAGCGCGCCGACGAGUACACCAGCGGCUGCGUGGCCAUGUGCCGGAGGGGAGGCGACGGCGACGUCAGGGGGCUGCAGUACUACGACGUGAGGUUCCCCUCCACCUUCAACACCACGGAGAUCCACGACGUCAGCCCCUGCAGCUACGCCGUGCUCAUGGACGACUCCGACUUCACCUUCCAAGCGAGCUACGCGACCUUGCCGGGGUUCAACAACACCUUCACCGGAGAGGCGCCGCUCGCGGUGGACUGGGUUGUCGGAGAGGAGUCCGAGUGCUUCGACUCGCUCAAUGGACCCGGCUACUUCUGCAACUGCUUCAAAGGCUUCCACGGCAAUCCUUACCUGCAAGAUCCGGAGCUAGGAUGCAAAGAUAUUAACGAGUGCAUGGACCUGGUGAAAUACCCUUGCAAUGUGCCUGGAACUUGCCAAAAUUUUCUUGGCGGAUUCGAGUGUCGUUGCCCCAAGCAUACCAAAGGCGACGCCCAAAAUGGGACGUGCGACGGAAACCACACAUUUGGUAUUGGAGAAAAUCUCGGCAUUGGAGCCUUUGGCGUUGUUUUGGUUGGCCUGGUUUGUAUCCUCGCAGUAGAAAUCAUCCGUCACAAAAGGAGUAUCAAAAGACAAGAUCUGAUUAGACAGAGUGACGAAUAUUUUCAACAGCACAGAGGCCAGAUACUGUCAGAAAUGAUGGGGGUAGAGCGUAACAUCGGGUUCACCGUCUAUGCCCGAGGAGCGAUCGAGGUAGCAACAAACGUGUUCGACAAGGAGAGCAUCAUCGGGGAAGGAGGGCAGGGGACCGUGUACAAGGCGGUCCUCGACGUCGAAGGCAAGGCCACACUUGUGGCAGUAAAAAGAUGCAAGGAGGUGGACGAGAGCAAGAGGAAGGACUUCGUGCAGGAGUUGGUGAUACUCGGCCGCGUCGACCAUCCCAACAUCGUCAAGCUCCUCGGUUGCUGCCUGCAGUUCGAGGUGCCCAUCCUGGUGUACGAGUACGUGAAGAACAAAACCCUGCAGGAGCUAUUGUAUAGCCAGCCGACCUCGUGUCGCGCCACCCUGGGGGCCCGUCUGAGGAUCGCCGUGCAGGCCGCCGGAGCACUGGCGUACCUGCACUCGCUGGCGCACCCGAUACUCCACGGCGACGUGAAGCCCGCCAACAUCCUUCUCAGCGACGGAUGGGGCGCCAAGGUGUCUGACUUCGGAUGCUCCACCAUCGAUGAGAAGACCCAGGUGGUGGCCAGAGGCACAGCGGGCUACGUUGACCCAGAGUACCUGCUUAAGUACCAGGUCACCCACAAGAACGACGUCUGCAGCUUUGGGGUCCUCCUUCUGGAGCUCCUAACCGGGAAGAAGCCGAUGUCAAAGCAACGGAAGAGCCUCAUGGUGAUGGUUCAGGAGUCUAUGGAGGAUGGCACGCUCCAUGAACUCCUUGAAAGUGAAAUAGUCGGUGAUGCUAGCAUGGGAGUGGCCCUUCAGGCUGUGGAGCUGGCGAAUCGAUGCUUAGGUAUGCCGGGGAACAGGAGGCCUGCGAUGAGGCGCGUUGCAGAGGAGCUCAAGCAGCUUGCUGACCAAGUGCAGCAGCCGUUGGUUUUGGAGUGUCACAGCCUCACUGUCACAGAUAUGGGGAGCUCCAUGUCAUCUGAGAAUGACACCACCGGGGUUUUUAGCCUUGAGAAGAAAGCUGCAUUGAGCAUAGAAUCCGCUAGAUGA